AUGGCCAACAAGUCGACAAAAAAGGACAGCUCGGCUACUGCUCAGACUCCUGCUCCAGCAGCAACCCCCGAUGGCUUCGAUUCGGAACUCGACGCAAUCUUCAAGGCAGCGCCACCAGCACCUCUUCCUGCCGUCACUGCAAGAUCCACAUCCACCAGCACUGCCGCCGCAUCUGGCCCAUCCAACUCCAGAAAGCGCAAAGCAGCCCAGCAACAGCUCGAGCAAGUAGCCCAGGAAGACUCUGAACAGGAGGAAAGCAAUGAAGAAGCAGAGCAUGAUGACAACGACGACAACGACGACAACGACAAUGUAGAGAUGGAACAAGGCCAUGGAGACCUCUCAAGCGUCGACGAGGAGUUGGACGAUGAAGGAUCACUUUUAUUCAGCCAAAGUGAAGCAGAAGACGAUUCUGACAACCAAGAUGAUGCCGAAGCUCCAGAAGAGGACGAGCCUUAUGUCCCUCCUCAGCACGAGUCGGUCAUCAGAGGCAGGGGCAAGAACAACACCACCGAGGCCCCAGCCAAGCAACGCAAAAAGACAUUCAAACAAGAGCACGAGCCCUCCGAGACACGAGACCAGCGCACACUCUUCAUCGGCAACGUUCCUAUCGAGACUGCCCAGUCCCGCUCUCUUCAGCGCAAGCUCACGUCCUUCAUCGAGUCCUUCUCUCCAUACCCUAUCCUCACCAAAGCUACCGCGCUUCGUUUCCGCUCUGUCCCUUUCGCUACUCCCACCGUCAAUCUUGAUGCAGAUGCCGACGACGACGACGAUGCUUCGGGCAAGAAGAAGAACAAGAAGAACAAAAACAAGGGCAAGUCCAACGACCGCAGUCAAAACUACAAAGAGGCUGUUGCUGCUGUCGAAGGUGGUCUAGGAUCGCAGGCUCCUCUCACAGCACAGCAGAAGCGAAAGAUCGCCUUCAUCAACCAGGAUUUCCACGAAAAGGCAAAGAGUGUUUCUGCAUACCUCACCAUCGCCCACCCCCAGGCCGUGCUUGAUCACCUUUAUGAUAUUGCCCCGCCCAAAGCCAAGUCCAAGGAUGCUGCACAAGCAAGCACACGCCGAAUCGAGCUCGACUGCAGACUCACAGGCUACAUCCUUGCAGCGCUCAUUGCACCAUUUGCCGAUGGUCAGCCAUUCGAAGGACGUCACUUGCGAGUGGAUCUCGUCAAGUCUAUCUCGCCUGGCCAAGUUCUCACCUCUGGCCUCGAAAAGGUCAAGACCCUGGACGGCAACCUUGCAGGAUCCAGCAACGCGACCACCGAUCCCAAAUCCACCCUCUUCGUCGGCGGUCUCGAUUUCGAAACAGACGAAGAAGAAGUUCGAGCGUUUUUUGAAUCACUGCUCGUCGAAGAGCUUGGUCCUGCGGGCGAAGCGAUCACAAUCCCUGUCACAGGUCUCGACGGCAAACGAGCACCGAAAGACCUUCUCGAUUCCCUAUCACGCGAGUUCCCAUUCGUUCCACCCGAACAGCGCAAACCUACCGAGUCUGUCGUUCGCGACGCCGAAUACGUCCGUUCAGUCCGAUUGAUCCGAGAUGCAGCCACACAAAUGGGCAAAGGUAUCGGUUACGUACGCUUCGCUUCGCAACAAUGCGUAGAUGAAGUCAUGGCAAUUUACAACGCCGAUCAAGCCUUGCUUGAAUCGAUCAAAGGUGUCAAAGGUUCUCUCGGUGCUUCGGCUGCCAUCGCUGCGGGCGGGAAAGAGUUGAAACGUAGACUCAAGCUCAAAGGUCGUCCUAUCCGCGUUGCUUAUUGCAAGUCUCAAACUAACGAUUCUCCUCAUCCUCGCUCCAAAAAGCACUCGAACGCUGAGGAGGAUCAAGCGGAACCCGGCACUCCACAACGCAAGUCUCCUCGAUACGAACGAUCUUCCGGCGCACCCACACCCAACGGUACCUCGCCCCAUGCACUGCAGAAGAAAAGACAGCGUACGAUGCCGCCCACAAAGAUCAGCCCUGGUAGUCCGAGCGCUUCUCGUGCACCACCCGCCAACUCGGCCGAUAUCGCAAAGAAGGCAGACUUGUACGCCACAUUGAGCAAGGAUGAGAGAAAACAGCUCAAGAAAGAGGAUCAGGAUAGGAUCAACAGGAGGAUGGAGAAGAAGAACAAGAAAUUUCCUGCUUCUGCUAAAGGCGCCUUCAAGGCGGAUAAGUCCUUGCUGGCGGAAGGAGACAAGGUGAAGAGUAAGGAGAAGGUCAGGUUGAGGCAGCCGAAUGGAGCUGGUGCAAAGGGCGUGGGAGGUGGUAACAAGUUCAACAAGGCUCCUCCUCAGGUUGGUGCUAGGAGAGGUCCACCUAAGGCCAAGUAA